AUGGCACUUUUAUUUCGACCAACACUCAUUCAAUCAUUAGCAAAGACAGCACGACCCAUGUGGAUGUCUAUGUCAUCAACUGCACGUCGUAAUAUGUCUUCGCAUAAUAAAGAAACUGACGCAGAAUUCGAUCAACGAUGGAAAGCUUAUUUUGAACGACCAAAUAUUGAUGGUUGGGAUAUCCGUCAAGGCAUCAAUCAUAUGAAUCGUCUUGAUCUAAUUCCUGAACCCGACAUCAUAUCAGCUUGUCUUAAAGCAUGUCGUCGUGUCAAUGAUCAUUCAUUGGCUGUUCGUUACUUGGAAGCCAUUCGUUAUAAAUCGAAUACAGUUUCAAAUCAAGUAUGGCCAUGGAUUCUUCAAGAAAUUCGUCCAACUUUAAGCCAAUUGGGUCUAUCAACACCUGAAGAGUUAGGUUACGAUAAACCAGAAUUAGCUUUGAAAUCGGUUGACGAUAUGUAG